AUGGCAACCUCAUCGUUCUCCCGCUCGUCCUUUGAUCUGCGAAGCGCGACCUAUUUCCCCUCAUAUCGCCAGCUACCUUUUGACAAUGACAUCAACGACCUCUUCUACAAGCCAAGCAAGGAUGGCAUCUAUCGUCCGUCUCACCACUGGGCCUUCCUCGCAGAGAUCGUCGAAGCCCGGAUAAUGCGCCUCCCACCUAGCAUGAAUGUUAUUACAAUCACGGGCGACCUCGGGUUUCAGCGCCCUUGCUAUCUCGUACGAGACCGGGAAGGCACCGAGAUCAAUGUCGCGUUUCAUACUGAACCCGUGGACAUGGCGAUCCACGGUUUCGACGAGAAGAACUACGCCGUUGGUAACACGAUGGCCGUUUUGUACGCCAAUAGACAUUGCUUUAUGGAUGGAACUGAAGGUUUGCGCAUUGAGGAGCUGCCUAUUAUGAAGGUCAUCCCGUGUGCACUGGAGACACUCCUGAACGUCGACCCUGAGGUCGCUACCACUGCUACUUUGUGCAAGAGAUGCGGCACGGACAACGGCAAACUGCUCGUAUGCGCAAACUGCAAAAUUAAGUACUGCUCUCAGUGGAAAUGUCGACAUGCCGAUUGGAAAGCACACAAGGCGGAGUGCGCGGCGAUAGGACUUGUUCGCGAGUGGCGCCAUCGAGAUUGGUCCCAGUUUGAUGGCUUUUGGGAGGAGACGACGAUGAUAGAUGGUCUGAAGCUGUCCGCCAAAGGGCGCGAGAAGACAUAG